AUGGAUUUGAAACACGAGGUGGCUUAUCGGGGGAUACCCAGCCAGAGCUUGGUGAAGGCGGAGCCUGGAGUCAGCCAUAACGGCCACAACGGCCACGUGAGAGACUGGAUGGCGGGCGGAGGCUCUCCCUCGCCGGCCGCUGGCCAACCACAACCUAAUGGCUACUCCUCACCACUAUCUUCAGGCAGCUACGGACCUUAUAGUCCUAACGGAAAAAUAGGUAAGCAACCUUCAUACAGUCGAGUCCUUGUAACUAAGAGGUCGUCGACCUCUGCUGGUAGUCCGAAUCUAUUCGACGUAGGUGACAUAGCUGACCCAGGUCGGGCUAGGACGUGGCCAUCUCGCAUACUGUUAGCGGCAUUCCGCUGCUGCAAUGCAAUAAAAGCUCGGGAUACAAGAUGA